ACGGGUGUCACUUUUCUCACAGAGAGGGAGAGAGAGACAGAGAGUGAGAGGAGGGUGAAAACGAGAUUAAAGGAAUUCUAAGAGGCUCACAGUAGACACAUGGAAGGCGCAUGGUGCUGAGACUGAGUGGAAUUUUGGAACAUGCGAGCUAAAUAUUAAGAGAAAAAGCAGGGACAAUGUUGACUGCGCCACCAGAUGAGCCAGACGCAAUGCGCGAGCCUCAGUUCGGAGCAAGCUUUCCACGUUCAAGCAUCCAUGACAGUCUGAGACAAGAGCAACAAGAUCAUCGCAGACAACGGUUUGACAAUUUAGAUCUACGUGACGAACGCUCGGACAGGGAUGAAGAAGAGAGAGACGAAGACCAAGAUGAAGAGCAGGACGAGAGCGGCCUAAGCAAAAGGCACACUCCAAGAAGACGCCAGUCAGGUGCCAAGUGCUCGGACAGGGCCCGGCUGCGGCGCCAGGAGGCGAAUGCACGCGAGCGCAGUCGAAUGCACGGUCUGAACAGUGCUCUGGAGAGCCUGCGCAAGGUUGUGCCGUGCUACUCAAGUGCUCAGAAGCUGUCCAAGAUAGAGACCCUGCGUCUGGCCAAGAACUACAUCCGGGCCUUGUCGGAGACGCUCAGUGCUGGCACUCGGCCCGACAUUGUUGCGUUUGCGCGAACCCUGUGCAAAGGUCUAUCUCAACCUACCACCAAUUUGGUAGCGGGGUGCCUGCAGCUCAACGCGGGACGAUUCCUCGCCAGUCCCAGUGACGUUUCGCCUCCGUGCGAUGCCCCCUACGCGUACGCAAAUGCAGAAACGAGCCGUGCAGACGCCUCCAAGCACUUCCGCCCUUUCUCCUAUUGCAACAUGUAUGACUCCUAUUACAACAGCGCGUCUCCGGACAGCCAGCUCAGCCCGCCGAUGAACUAUAACGGCGUGUUCUCGUUUCAGAAACCCGACGAGCAGACGGAGUGCGUCGCGAGCUGCCGGUACGGCGCGACAUGCUGCAGCGCCCCGGGACGCGCUUCCAUCAGCCGGCCUUCUGCCUACACAGUGUCCCCUGACAGCCACUUUCCAAACGAGCUGCGCAUGCGCAAUCAGCCCUUCCAAACCCAGGAACAAUUGAACGCCGUGUAUCAUAAUUAAAGCGCAAAGGUGAAAGCACUGAACGGCGAGGCAGAAACUAGUUCAUUUUCCUUAUAAUGUGUAUAAUUAUUUAUUAUUUAUUAUUUAUUAUUCAUUGCCUGAUUUUUCUGCAUAGUUUAUUGUCUGUUGUAUUACCUAAAUGUACUACCUUAUUUACUGCACUCUAAUAAAUGUCAUAUUGUUAAAUGUCUCGUAUUUAUUUUAUUUUAUUUUAUUUAUUUACACUUUUGUUUUUAUUUUCAUUCGACUUUUGUAAUUAAUAUUAUUGCAAAUUUCUUCAUGGCACUUUUUUUUUAAAAAAAAAAGUGCUGCCUAAGAAAUAUUCUAUAAUUUCCUAUCAUUAUUAUUAUUAUUAUUAUUAUUAUUAUUAUUACCACUAGUAAUACUGUUAAUACUCCUGCUUCUUUUUCUUGUUGUUGUCUAUUUAUUAAGGAACACUGUAUGCUGUACAAGGCCUGCAUUGCGAUUAUUAAUUAUAAUAACUCAUGAAAAGCGAUUAUUUUCAUGAGUUAUUAUUUUUAUCUAAUUGAAAAACAAAGAAUAUCAAUAUCCAAGUCUGUCUGAAAGAACUUAUCCACAACAAAAUGCAUAUGAGCAAUAAAGGGAAUAAAAGAGGGAACUAUGCAAAAAAGGAACGGCGCAUUUUUAAUUAAAUGUAACCCGGUGUUUCAGAAAGGCAAUGUGUGUAUUCACUGUGUUAAAUGUUUGUGCUGUAGGUGAGCAGUGUAAAUCUCGGAGCUCUACACGUAAAAUAACACAUUUCAUGUGCAAAACAAACAUGAACGCUUAUGAAUCUGCUUCAUGCGGGCUGUAAAUAUGAUUCUGUCACUUCUAACAAUCCGAGGACAGGAAUUAUGCUCCAUGUGUACAACAUUCAUGAAGGAAGAAAAAAGCGUUUGUACUAUUUAAAAUCAACAUCAGAAUAAAUCUGGAAUGUAUGGCGAUAUAAUUUAUGAAGAUCUAUUGUAUUUAUUUGUUUAUUUGUUUAUUUAUUUAUUUAUUUUCAAACAGCCGCAUAAAGGUUUCAGCACGAAUUUUGGCAAAAUCUGACACAUUUGUAAAGCAAUUUUUAAAAAAGCAUGCAAAAAAUAAUAGAACUAUUAACUAUUAUUAAUAAGACUAUAAUUCUAAUCUAUAUUGUAGUAACUUUCUAAAACUUUAUUAUGUAGUAGACUAUUGCAAAAAGGCAUUGCGACAUUUUGUUGUCCUGUGUUCAAGUGCAAAUAAUCA